GUGCUGUAACAACGGCAGCCUGUGGUCUAAAGGCUCGGAUCGCAGUCCACCAGCUGUUAUUCUCGCCACCAGAUCUACAGACCUACAACGAAAGCCGUCAAGCCCACCGGGUAGGUGUGUUGGGAGGGUGUAGAGAUUGGUUGACUGCUGUUCAGCCUACAUACAUAUCCAUCUGCCUCUCCUUCUAACUUACAUGCUGCCUCGCCCACUCCCGCCUUCUAUCCCACUCCCUGCCCAUCUCUUCCAUCUGCAUCAAUCAGUCCAUCUAUCAAUCAAGCAGUCUUCCCACCAGUCAAUCCCGCCCAGGCUGCAGAAUCAAAGAGAACGAUUGCAUCAUCCGCGUUCGUCGCUUCGUCGGGGCCAAGCCCUUUCCCAUCAUCCCUCCAGACGUUGGCCAAACACCCUCGCAGGGCACACACCACCACCACAACCUCGCACACACACAAGCCCGCACUCGCAUAUCACGUCUGUCCACGCUGGCUGGCAUAAAAGAGCCAGCGAGGCGAUGAUCAAAAACGUGCGCCGCUUGUCGUGUCCAUCUGCGGCUGGCUUUGGCAUGCAGGGUUUCUCCAGCCGGCGCCCGUGAUUUGACGACAAUUGCCUCUCGUUUUUCUGUUUCUGGAGACCAAAAAGGUUCAGGACCCUUCGCUAAUGCUACGCGCUAUGCUGGUUGCUGCAUGACUGACUGAGGCGAUUUCUUGGUCUGCGCUUUUUCGCCCGUGGCACACCUUUCCCCCCUGUUCCUUUGCUUUCUCAGCAUUGCAGAGUAUUUUUGGAUAACCGUUAUUCUUUUCUUUACCCUUUUCUCUCUUUUCCCC